CCAUAUGAUCAAAACUCCCAAACCCACUACCAUCAUCACCACCACCACCACCACCAAAUUAUCCAUUUCUGCAUCACAACAAUGGCAGCAGCAACCUCCGCCGUCGUCGGCUUGGCCACCUCCUCCCUCUCCUCCCUCAACCGCCGCCAAACCACCUUAUCUUCAGCCUUCUUGAAAUCCCCAGUAACAUCAAGGAACCCUUUAAGAGUUUCACAAGCUUCAGGAGGCAAGUAUACAUGUAGCUUUCAAAGAGACUGGCUACGUAAAGACUUGAACGUGAUCGGGUUUGGGUUAAUCGGGUGGCUUGCACCUUCGAGCAUCCCAGCAAUAAACGGUGAUAGCUUGACGGGCCUCUUCUUCGGGAGCAUCGGAACCGAACUUGCUCACUUCCCCACUCCUCCGGCUCUUACUUCUCCCUUUUGGUUGUGGUUGGUGACGUGGCAUUUGGGACUAUUUAUAUGCCUGACUUUUGGGCAAAUUGGUUUCAAAGGGAGGACUGAAGAUUACUUUGAGAAGUAGAGUUGGAUGUGUGUAAAUUUCUAUUUUAAGUCCCUGAUCUUUGUUGUUUGUGUCUAAAUACGCCUCUUGAAAUCGUAUCUAAUCUUUCCUUAUGUUGUAAUAUAAGCCUUGUUGUUCUACUAAAGUUAUUAUAAUUGCUGUUUUCAAAAA